GAGAUGCUGAAGGAUGAAAUGCGGACCCUGACCUAUAGGAAUGCUAUGUACCACAACAAGCACAUGUUCCAGGACAAGAUAGUUCUGGGUGGCGUGGGCAGUGGGACAGGCAUCCUGUCCAUGUUCGCUGCCAACGCGGGCGCCAGGCACGUGUAUGGGAUUGAGUGUUCAAGUAUAUCAGAGUAUUCUGAGAAGAUAAUCAAGUCCAACCACCUACACAAUGUCAUCACUAUCUUCAAUGGGAAGGUGGAGGAGGUGGAACUGCCAGUGGAGAAAGUAGACAUCAUCAUCUCAGAGUGGAUGGGCUACUGUCUCUUCUACGAGUCUAUGCUCAAUACGGUCAUCUUCGCCAGGGACAAAUGGCUAAAGCCUGGAGGGCUGAUGUUUCCUGACAGGGCUGCUCUGUAUGUUGUGGCCAUCGAGGACAGGCAGUACAAGGACUUCAAGAUACACUGGUGGGAGAACGUGUACGGUUUUGACAUGACCUGCAUCCGUAACGUGGCCAUGAGAGAGCCCCUGGUGGACGUGGUGGACCCCAAACAGGUGGUGACCAACUCCUGCCUAGUCAAGGAAGUGGACAUCUACACGGUGAAGCCUGAGGACCUGUCUUUCACCACGGCCUUCUGCCUGCAGAUCCAGAGGAACGACUAUGUCCACGCCAUGGUCACCUACUUCAACAUCGAGUUCACCAAGUGUCAUAAGAAGACUGGCUUCUCUACCGCUCCUGACGCCGCCAGUACCCACUGGAAGCAGACAGUGUUUUACCUGGAGGACUACCUGACUGUGAGGAAGGGAGAGGAGAUCCUGGGCAGCAUCGCAGUCAAGCCCAAUGAUAAGAAUGUGCGGGACCUGGAGUUCACCUUGGAGUUGGACUUUAAAGGACAGCUGUGUGAUGCGGCCAUUUCCCACGACUACAAGAUGCGCUAGCUGACCAGCAAAGGGCAAUAUCCCCCUCCUUGAGAGGGAGGGCACAGGCUCUCCAUCAGGCCCUCUUAUUGGUCCGAGGGGGACACGAUACGCAUCUGAUUGGAUGACAGCGCUCCAGCACCUAAGUGAUGUCAUAAAGACAAGCCAUUUCGAAGCAAUAGCGCCGUCACCUGCCACAUUUUUAAAGCUGCCCUGAGAAUGUAAUAUCCCUGAUGAACUUGAUUUGUUAUUUCUUUAAGGUUGAGUUUCAGUGUUAUCAGUACUAGAGCUAAAGGAGUUCUAGGGAUUUUAGAUGCCAGUCCAGAGGCACUUUAAGGACAAACUCUGAGCAUGUCUUUUAUCAAGGAAAACAGACAGACUACACCUCUGUUUUACAGCUGUCUCUCAAAGUUCAACGAAUGCAGAACCUAAGAGUUUAACAGGAAAGUCAGUCAGUGUUUCUUCAAGGUAGUUAUAUUUUGUUGGUAUUCAGUACUGGUAAGUUAUUUGCAUGUUUAGCUUUUUGUUCUUGGUUCAUUUCAGGUAUCAUGAUUUGAUCAUUUGAGAUAUUCACAAUUGCUAAUGGAACGUGUUUAAUGAUAGAAACCUG